CUGAGACAGGCGACGCGACCGUUUACGCUAAAAAACAACUCGCCCGGUCGAGCGCAAAAAUCACCGUACCGUAAGCAACUAAUCGAGCAAACUAAUUCAGCAUUAAGUUUAUUUUCGAGUGCCGCAUCGCGAACGUGCAUCCCCGAGGUGCGUUGAGACUGGUCGGCGAGGAGUCGUCCCAGUUUCUCCGUACACACAAAAUGAUGAAUAAAUUUAUCCUCGUAUGGUGCCUCUCGUACUUGUACAUCAAAGCUGACGCCGGUAAAACGUCGCGGUACCCCGACGAGUUGCCUGGCGACAGUCAGUGCAGUUUUGACGCCUCACGGAUGUAUAACGUGACAGAUUUCUUGCGAUGCGUAAGCGCGCUCAUGGGCGAUCUUGCGACUCGAGAAGACGCUCGAUCGCUGAGACGGGCGAGCGAGUCGAAUUCGUUGGCCUACCGAGAGAAUCCGUACGUAUCGUCUCUUGUGGAUUUGCUCUCGGGUUUGUUCAACAACGGAUUCCCAUCGAUUAACGAAGGCUUUCCGUUAGGUGCCGUCGCCGCCGACGGUCAGUAUCAAUUAAAUCGGCCGGUUGUACCGGGCGAUCCGUCCGGCCAAUUCGACGGGCUUGGGGUGAAUCUCUAUGAUGCCCUAUCGUCGAUCUCUCGCUACGAUGAUUUCAAAUGCGUGCCCAGAAUGCUCUGCGAAGUAGCAAGCGGACGACCGCCAGGAGAAUACAAGCGUGCAUCGUCGUCGUAUCUGAGCGAUCUCGGGAGAAACGCUCUCGCACAAUUGCUCGUCGGAUUCGACGAGGCGGGAACGUCUCCCGUGCUGAAUUUCGCGCGAGCCGCCGCGCUGGGUUACAGCAGCAGGGGGGAUCCGGCUGCGUGUUACCGCGUGUUCCCGAGGUGUCCGCGUAAUCCCGACAAACUGGUGCAUUACCUGAACAAUCACAACGGCGGAUUCUUCCGGUUCUUCGCCGGGUACCACCAGCAGCAGCCUCACGCGUCGCAAGGCAAUUCGAAAUUCCUUCGAGGGAGGAAACGGAAAGCCCUGCCUCCGGGCUACGCCGGCGCGGUGGCCGAUCGUACCGGAACGGGCAAGCUGAAGUUCGACAUCCCCGUUUUGAGUGCUCAGCGAGAUUACGGGAAAAGCUCCUUCCGAAAGGAAAAUAUAUCGGGGAGCUCGAGGCGGGUGGUGUUCCCGCUUCACGAGGAGCCGUACGACCGCCCGGCGGGAAUCAGGAUCCCGGAAUCCUCGUCAGGAUACGAGAGCACCGACGUGGAGGCGUCCACGUCGCGAAACAGCCCACCGUUCGUCUUCCCGCAGCAAGACUCGGAGGACUCGGAGGACCAAGACGUCCGUGUGUCGCGUUUCGCUGCCCAUCUGUCGGACUCGGAGUCUCGUGGUGAAUUUCGCUUCCCAAGUUAACGCUCUCUCCGUAAGGAAUGACGCUGGAUGAUCCACACAAGGGUGCAAGCAAGGGUUAGCAAGGAAACAGUUAAACUUUCGUCCUUGUGUAGGAAGUGCCUUGUUACUUAUUUUUAUUUAGUUUUCGAAGCGAUCGAUCUUUCUCUUUUCGGGGAGAGGUCAAAGUGAGUUAAUUUAAAUUGCACUAUCCUUCGAUUCCUUACGGAUGCCGCCAGAUACGAAGCAACGAACGAGUAAUCUCCCGAUCUUGUAGCCUCACGUGCUUUACGCCUUACCUCUCGCCGAACCGCCUGAUAUUCGGCAGCCCGAGCAGCUCGACGAGCGAUCGCGUUCGCAUAAGCGCGGGGGAAAAAAUCGCGUCUCCCGUGUUUCUUCCUUUUUUUUUUUAUUUUUAAUACACCGUAUCCGCCCGUUCAGCGUUACAUAGUUAUAUACGUACUUCUCAUCCAUUACAUCGUGUCGUUGACGCGCGCGCGUAGCCCGGCGGAAUAGCGGAAAUUGCCGACUCGACGGGAAAUUCACAGCGUCGAUAUCGAUAGACAAGCAUCGACGUGCACUCUACGUGCCGAAGCAUAUUCUGCCCUCGCUGAUGCAAGGGAUUCGCCCGCAGCACCUUUUCUCGUAAUGGCUGCUCCCGCGUCCCCGUCGAUGUAUAGAUAACAUUAAAAUAGCGCGACGUUGGAAGCAAUUAACAUACAUCGCUGCCUUAGACGGUAGAUAUUAGAGAACGGAGUCACAGUGCGGCGAAUAAAUGAUUAUGAAGGGCUCUCUAUGAUUGGAGUGAGAGAAUGUAGGGAAGAGAAUAAUGAAAGAACCACAAGGACGAUAAGAGAUAUUUCUAUCGUCCUUUUCCUUGUAUUUUUAACAUCGGCAUGUCAGACGAUUCUCGCAGGAUUCUUCGACGAACAUGGCAGAGUCGUCUUGAGAUGCCUUGAAACUUUAAGUAAUCUUCGAUUUGUUAAAAGCAGAAAGAAGAUUUAUUAAAAAUAGAAGAGAAGGAAAUUCUCGAAUAUGCACUCAGCAGCAGAGCGAUGACAGGUAAGCGACCUCAGGUAAACGAUUGUAAAGCUCUCCGAAUAAAAUUGCCGACAAGGAUGGCCUUUUAUAAAAGUGAAAAAAACAUACCAACAGAAACGCAAUUUUCAUUGUGUACAUUACGAAAAUUCCGAAUUUUUUAUCACGUGCACGACAUAUAUAGCAGCAGCUUUUCUCGUAAUGGUCGCUCCCGCGUUCCUUCCGAUGUAUAGGUAACAUUAAAACAGCGCAGAAACGUCGAAAACGAUCAAUAUAUCGCUGCCUUAGACAGCGGGUGGAUAUUAGACAACGAAUCACAGUACGGCGAAUAAGUGAUUAUAAAGGGCUCUGUGAGAGAAUGUAGGAAAAAAGAUAAUAAGAGAACCACACAUGGACGGAGGAUGAGAGAGAUAUUCCUAUCGUCCUUUUCCCUGCAUUUCCAGCAUUCAUUACGCAUAUAAGCCAAGUGCGCGCAAUAGUUGCACGGAAUAAUUCAGCGCGGCGAUACGCGAUUUCCGAGAUUAUGAAUUAUUCUCGAUAUUCGCCCACGAGGAGCUCCGUGCCGUCGAGAUCGCCGCGCGCGCUUGCCGUUGGCAUUCCGCGCGUCGACAUGCGAUCCGCCCUUGAGCGCGGCAAUUUCCGAUCGAUCGGGCGAAUUUCGCUGGAGCACUGGCCGAUCAUGCCAAUGUGUGUGUGUGUGACUUUAUUACCGCCGGCGUUCAGCAAUUUGAGUCCACGUGAGGCCGAAACUCGCUCGGCAGGUGAUGGCUGGCCACCUUCGGCGGGAGAGCGGGUCUUCCCCCGCUCAUUUGGGCUGCGUAGCUCUCCGUCGACUCGUGCUUCUUUUCCGCGCCACAGGUGAGGACAGCGGCACCUUGCGUUUCUCAGGUGCGCGCUCGCAUGUCUGUGGAGAACGGCGUCGAGCGCCGUUCCACCCUCGGAAGGCGGAAGACGUGGGCACACGUGAGCGUGCCGGCAAAUAUAUACCUCGCUGUCGGGUAAUUGCAGACACUUUAUGUUAGAUAUUAAGAGAUUGCAUCGAGAAAU